CAGAGCACGGCAAAGCGUCAUCUUUGUCGUAACGCACUCACGUUGCCACACUGACGAACACGUUAAAGUUCUGGCUGCUGGCAGUUGUCAUGGACCACAUUAAAGAUGGGUGGUUUACGGAAUUGUGCACGUUAUGGCCGGGGCAAGCGAUGAGCCUCCAAGUGGAAGAGGUCCUCUACCACAAGAAAUCCAAAUUUCAAGAUGUUAUGGUUUUCAAGAGUAAAACCUAUGGUAAUGUCUUGGUGCUGGAUGGAGUGAUCCAGUGCACAGAGAGAGAUGAGUUUGCCUAUCAAGAGAUGAUUGCCAAUCUUCCACUGUGCAGCCAUCCUUGCCCCAAGAAGGUACUGAUUAUUGGUGGUGGAGAUGGUGGUGUGCUGAGAGAAGUGGUGAAGAAUCCGCUGGUGGAAUCUGUGGUUCUGUGUGAGAUAGAUGAGGAUGUCAUUAAUGUAUCGAAGAAGUUCCUCCCAGGGAUGGCCAAAGGGUUUUUCAGUCCCAAGCUCACCCUCCAUGUUGGAGAUGGCUUUGAAUUCAUGAAGCAGAACCAGGAUGCCUUUGAUGUCAUUAUAACCGAUUCCUCAGAUCCAGUUGGACCUGCUGAGAGUUUGUUCAAGGAAUCUUACUAUCAAUUGAUGAAGGCGGCAUUGCGAAACGGUGGAAUUCUUUGUUCCCAGGGAGAGUGUCAGUGGCUCCAUUUGGAGCUGAUAAAGGAGAUGCGAACCUUCUGCAAGACCCUAUUCCCUGUGGUGGACUAUGCCUACAGCACCAUCCCAACUUAUCCUAGUGGCCAAAUUGGAUUCAUGCUCUGCAGUAAAAAUCCUGAAACAAAUUUCAAGGAUCCAGUGAAAGCUCUGGCAAAAGAAGAAAUUGAAAAUAUGAACCUUAAAUAUUACAACCCUGAAAUUCACAAAGCGUCGUUCAUCCUGCCUGAGUUCGCAAGAAAGGUACUCAGUGAAGCAUGACCAGCAACAACAGAUCACCAUGUUCAUCCUCUAUCUGGCCCUCAGACCACAGAUAAAUAACCUUAUUCUACGGCUUCUCCACCUCCUCAGCACAGUUCAGCACCACUAAAGGCAGCCUCCUAAAGAUUUUAUUUGUGGUGGCAACCUGCUGAUUUAUACAGAGAAAGUGUUAGUUCGUUCCCUUCCUUCCAGUCUUACAUUCUCUUGGUGUUUUAUUUAUUUUUCUUGUGUAUUUGGUUUUUCAUUUACUUUUCAGUUACUCUGUAACUGUCUUAUCAGCAUUUUGUGAAGAGAAAUCUAAUGAGCUGGGCUGAGUGGAAAGAGCAUUGCCAUCAAACCUGACCUCACUCUAAAACAUUGUACUGUUUAUGGGAUUCACUGCACCUACACAUUAUGCAAUAUGCUACAUACCAUAUAGAGUAUGUACAUGUGACGUAUUGCUGCAUUUUUGUUUUGUAAUGUUUGAUUUCGGUUUGUGCUCAUUGGAAAAUACACAGUUGCCAUCUGUCAUUACUGAAUAUUCAGAAUACUAAUGUGUCAUCUACACAUGAUCCCUAUAGUGCCUGAAAUGGGUUGUUUGUUGUUGAGAAAAAGGAAACUUGUUUCUAUGGUAGUGUACCAGGCAAAUAAUGUUUUUUUUUUUUGAUGAAAGCUCACAUGUCGAGGGUUGAGAAAACUGUCCCUUUAAAAUAUCAUCCACUUAAGAUGAGGUAAAUUUAAUUGAUGCUCAGUAUUGACCAUCAAUUUAAUAUGAAAUACUUAUGGUGUUAAAAUGCAAAUGAAGUGGGAAAAAAAACAAGAAUGGUAUCGGAGCUUUGCAAUGCAAGAAAUGUCUUUUAAGAUGUGAAUUCAUUAUGCAAUUAUAACUUGCAGUAUUGGGUAUUGACCACUGAUAAUAAGCUUGUACUGUAGUAAGCCUGUAUCCUGAGUAUUACUGCAGGAUGCUAUUAGUUUCUCUCUCAAUGGAAAUCUAGUGUCUCAGUACGAUUUGUUUGUUGAGCUAACGUCUAACAAAUUAAGUUACUGCCUAUUACUUUGAAAUCCACAUUGAUUAUUUGUUGAGAAGUAGUGUCAUACCUGGGCAAUGAAUUUGUGUUUUUAUAAGAAUUAUAAACUGUAAUAAAUUGGUAACAUAA